AUGGAAGCGCUUCACUCUCUGCCUCGCAAUCCGGACGUUCCAAUGCGACAACCAUCAGCGGAAGAUUUGGACGCUGCGCAGCAGUUGAUUUCUUCGGCGCAAGCCGGUCGUGAACAUCUAGCAGACCACUACCGGGAGGAUGGCAUGAUGCAAGGAUCCAGUCAAUCUGGAUCAAAUCAAUGGAUGGGGCAUAAUGAAAUCCCGAAUGAAAAAACAUCCCCUGGCAGCCAAAAAGACACAACUUUCCUAGGGCAUUCAUGCAGCAAUUGCGGUACAAAAAGUACUCCACUCUGGCGUCGUUCUCCCACGGGAGCAAUGAUCUGCAACGCCUGCGGUCUCUACCUCAAAGCUCGCAACGUCGCUCGCCCCACAAAACGGAAUCGGAUGCAAUCAGAGGGUGCUGAGAAGCCACCGCCUCCUACGAGCUCUCACUGUGGUGGUUCCUCCGAAGGUGGUUGCAAGGGCUCAUGCCCUGGUGGUGGUAGUUGCAAUGGCACUGGUGGCGCAGAAGGAUGCGAUGGAUGUCCCGCGUACAACAACCGGAUAUACAAGUCUGCUCCCCGAGGAGCGGCUACCACCCAAUCUUCGUGGGGCCGUCAACCAGCACAAGAGUCUGAGCCUGCGACGCAAGAGGAACCACCGGUGAAGGCUCCUGCUCCUGCCGAGGGGCCUAAUACCUUGGUUGCGUGUCAAAAUUGCGGCACAACCGUCACCCCUCUAUGGCGGCGCGACGAACAGGGCCAUCCCAUUUGCAACGCUUGUGGAUUGUAUUAUAAGCUCCACGGAUGCUAUCGCCCCACCAACAUGAAAAAGUCCAUUAUUAAACGACGCAAACGCGUUGUUCCCGCCCUACGAGAUCAGUCUCCCACUGCUGCCACCAUUUCUUCCAAUGGCUCAUCGGCAUCUCCGGAGGCAUCACCUGCUGCUCUGGCCCAUGGCCAUGACGAUCACUAUCGGUAUAUGAGUAGUGAGCCCGCGGAUCACUACCACAUGGCGCACGGAAAAUCCGAAGACGCCCCUCGUCCCUUGCCUUUUGCGCCACCACCAGUUGAUUUCACCGGUUACAAUGCUUCAUCCAUGCCGCUUGCACAUGGUCUCUCGAUGUCACACGGUUUACCCAACAGCCUACCUAAGCCCCUGGGGGUGGAGCGACUAGGAAAUUCGCCCGGCUCUCAGUACGGGCGACGAUCUGCCUCUCCAAACUCCCUCACCCUUCCCAAGAAACGAACAUUGGCCGAGACCACGACAGAAGGUAUACCAGCCCCAUCUACCCUCGAAGCAGGAUCAAAUCAAUUGCCUCCGAUCAUGUCUUCGGCCAAUCCUAGUCCUCCCGGUCGUCUUAGCUCUAUCUCGUCCAUUCUGAACCAACCAGAUGUUCGAAGCGAGCCUCGCUCGGAUACUACUCUGCCACGUCCGCCUUCUAUCCACCACUCUAUCUCGCCUUCGCCCCACCCGCCGCAGCCUUUGCCUGGCAUCGCGUCUCUUGGAGACUCGGUUGAUCGCCGUGCCCGACUUGAACGCGAAGCCGAACAGAUGCGCGAGAUGCUCAGAGCAAAGGAGCGCGAGUUGGCAGAGAUGAGACGAUAG